AUGGUGUCAAUGGGACGACAGAUGCUGGGCUUUGCCCUGGGCAUUAUUGGCUUCUUGGGGACCAUCAUUGUGUGCGCCCUGCCCAUGUGGAAGGUCACAGCCUUCAUCGGGGCCAACAUUGUGACGGCGCAAGUCAUCUGGGAGGGCUUGUGGAUGAACUGCGUGACGCAGAGCACUGGCCAGAUGCAGUGCAAGAUCUAUGAUUCACUUCUGGCUCUACCCGAGGACCUCCAGGCGGCCAGGGCCCUUGUGGUCAUCUCCAUCAUCGUCGCUGCCUUUGGGGUCAUCCUGGGCGUUAUCGGAGGCAAGUGCACCAACUUUGUGGAGGACGAAAACGCCAAAGCCAAGGUGGCAAUUGCUGCUGGAAUCGUCUUCAUUUGUGCCGGCGUCCUGAUCCUGGUCCCAGUCUGCUGGUCCGCCAACACCAUCAUCAGGGAUUUCUAUAACCCCAUCCUGACCAACCCCCAGAGGAGGGAGCUGGGGGCCGCUCUCUACAUCGGCUGGGGCACAGCCGGGCUUCUCAUCCUAGGCGGGGCCCUCCUCUGCAGCUCCUGCCCCAAGAAAGAGAGCCCCGAGUAUCCAAUCAAGUACUCCGGCGCCAGGUCCGCAGCCACCAGCCGAGAAUAUGUCUGA